AUGAUAACUUGGAGAUUAAAAUCGACAUUCCGAAUUAUAAGGAACGCAAAGGGUAAGCACGGUUGUGUACUGUAUGUAGCGAAAAUCGGUGGGCAGCUGAAGGAAGCUAAUAGAUGUUGGUUCACCCUUCUACAAAGGUUUUCAUUUUGCGAUUACCCAUUCGUCCUAAAUCCAACCGCGAAAGCCGAUAUUCUCAAGGUAGAAAGCGUGUUUCAGAUGCGACACGAAUUACAGGACGCAUUUUUCCGUGCAUUGUUUGAAGAUACAGGCGUCAAUAGUCCAUACCUCGUCCUUGGGAUUCGACGAGAUCAUAUCGUAUCGGACACUUUACAUCAGCUUGAACAAAAAACUAUACAUGAUUUAAAAAAGCAGUUAAGAGUCCAGUUUGUUGGAGAAGAAGGAGUGGAUGAAGGUGGUGUCCAAAAGGAAUUUUUUCAACUGGUUAUUCGUGAAUUAUUUGAUCCCAAAUAUGGAAUGUUCAUCAUGAACGAAGAAUCGCGACUUUACUGGUUUGCUCCCAACCCAGCUCAAGAUCGAGAUACCACGUCAGAAUUUAAACUAGCAGGACUAUUGCUUGGUCUAGCAGUAUAUAAUAGCGUGAUACUGGAUCUUCAUCUACCACUGGCACUGUACAAAAAGUUGAUGGGUAUUGAAGUUGGAUUGCCCGAACUGAAACAGCUGGAUCCGAGUCUUGGACGAGGUCUUGAGCGGUUAUUGGCGUUUCAAGGGGAUGUGCAGUCUGAUUUUGAUAGAUCAUUCCAGGUGGAUCUGGAAUCAUUUGGUCAAGUUUAUACAUCAGAUCUAAAGCCUAUGGGAUCCAACAUACACUUGACGAACGAAAAUCGACAUGAAUUUGUCGACCUUUAUGCAAAAUUUGUCCUGAGCCAGUCAAUACAAAAGGAAUUUCAAGCAUUUCUUGAAGGGUUUGAGCUUCUAUGUCAAGACAAUGCUAUCAAUAUAUUCAGGCCGGAAGAAAUUGAACAGCUUAUUUGUGGCAGCUCGGAUCUUGAUUUCGAGGCAUUAGAAAGAUCAACUGUCUACGACGGUGGCUGGACUAAGGACUCGCCUAUUAUUCGGCAUUUUUGGGAAAUUGUGCACGAGUUCUCUUACGAAGAAAAAAAGAAACUGCUUUUCUUUGCUACGGGCUCGGAUCGGGCCCCAAUAGGUGGAUUGAGCAAACUUCAGUUUGUUAUUGCGAAAAACGGCGCUGAUUCGGAUAGACUUCCUACCUCGCACACGUGUUAUAACGUGCUUCUCCUGUGUGAAUACAAUAGCAAAGAAAAGUUACGGGAAAGGUUGUUAACAAGCAUUAGCAAUGCGGAAGGGUUUGGAAUGAUAUAG